AUGGUAAGCGCCUACUUCAUCAUCGACAUCCGCCAUACAAAUCUGGUCGCCUGUCAGUGUGCGCCCACAUCAGUCGCCUGUCAGUGUGCGCCCACAUCAGUCACCUGUCAGUGUGCGCCCACAUCAGUCGCCUAUCAGUGUGCGCCCACAUCACUCGCCUGUCAGUGUGCGCCCACGUCUGUCGCCUGUCAGUGUGCGCCCACGUCUGUCGCCUGUCAGUGUGCGCCCACAUCAGUCGCCUGUCAGUGUGCGCCCACAUCAGUCGCCUGUCAGUGUGCGCCCACAUCAGUCACCUGUCAGUGUGCGCCCACAUUAGUUGCCUGUCAGUGUGCGCCCACAUCAGUCGCCUGUCAGUGUGCGCCCACAUCAGUCGCCUGUCAGUGUGCGCCCACAUCAGUCGCCUGUCAGUGUGCGCCCACAUCAGUCGCCUGUCAGUGUGCGCCCACAUCAGUCGCCUGUCAGUGUGCGCCCACGUCUGUCGCCUGUCAGUGUGCACCCACAUCACUCGCCUGUCAGUGUGCGCCCACAUCACUCGCCUGUCAGUGUGCGCCCACAUCAGUCACCUGUCAGUGUGCGCCCACAUUAGUUGCCUGUCAGUGUGCGCCCACAUCACUCGCCUGUCAGUGUGCGCCCACAUCAGUCGCCUGUCAGUGUGCGCCCACAUCAGUCGCCUGUCAGUGUGCGCCCACGUCUGUCGCCUGUCAGUGUGCGCCCACGUCUGUCGCCUGUCAGUGUGCGCCCACGUCUGUCGCCUGUCAGUGUGCGCCCACAUCGGUCGCCUGUCAGUGUGUGCCCACAUCGCUCGCCUGUCAGUGUGUGCCCACAUCACUCGCCUGUCAGUGUGCGCCCACAUCACUCGCCUGUCAGUGUGUGCCCACAUUAGUUGCCACUCAGAGUUUCUAA